AGAAAACAUCAAGAUGAUGUCAAACGCUUCCCCUGCAAGUACUGCAAGAAGUAUAGGGGAUACAAAGGUUUCAAACGUAGAGAUCAUCUCACGCAACACGUCCGGAGUUAUCACCAUAUUGGCGAGGAUGACCAGAAGAAACCAUGGGGUCGCACAACCCCUUGGUGUCGGAGAGUAGGGUGUUCCCAUCACGAGAUGUCUCCUGAAAAUAUUGGAAAGUCGGCUGCAUUCUUUACUCCAACAGAAUACAUGAAGCACAUGCGUACUGUCCAUGACCAGUCCGACCUCCCUUGCCCACAACCUGGCUGCGACCGCGUAAAUGGCAAGGGCUACUUCCGCAAGGGCGAUCUUCGUGCCCAUCUUCGCAAGGUCCACGGC